GGAAAAAAAAAGCCCAAAGAUACGAGUAUUAUCCUUAUUUAGAACUUUCUGAUAAUUUGCCAUUCAUUUAUUGACCUGUUCUGUUUAAUAUCUCUAGGAGUAAGUAGUUAAUGAGGUUUUUGGGAUGAAUUUGGGUUUGUGUGAUUUCUGACUGAAAUGAUUUCAUUAAGUUAACAAGCUGGUUGGGGCAGUGAGUAUGUUUGUUGUUGUUAGUCUGCUCCUGCAGUGGCAAUGAGGAAACGUUUCCGUUAGUGCUGGGAAACUGGAGGAUAACUUGGAACUUAAUGAAGUGAAACAGGAUUGCAUUUUGCUCAGAGUGAUCCUAUUAUGCCUCAGUUAGGGCCAUGUUAUUGCUCACCUCAAAUCGUUUGCUGUUACUGUCUUUUCACAUUUGUUUUUUUAGCUAUACAUGGGCCAUUAUGUGUUUUUGUUUUAUAUUUUUUCAGUUGUAUUAUUUUUAGUUUUUAGUUUUCCAUCUUUUGCAGCAGUGUAAUAGAAGCUCUAUUUUAAUGGAAGGUUUCUCUGGGCUUAGAGGUUUCCAUGUUAAUACCUUUAAAAUUCAAUGUUUAACUUCUGCCUUAGCCUCAAGCUGGAAAGUGACAAUGAAAGAUAGCAUAGGACAGUGUGUAAUUUCAUUUUACAAAGUUUUAUCAGAAUUGAUUCAACUGAUAUGUAAACAGGGGAAACCUCAGGAACUUUCUUCCCCCCCCACCCUGCACAUUCAGUUCAAUUUCAGGCUGUACACUGUUUACCUGACAAGUGGCUUGCUACGGGAUGUCUCCUGACUAAUUGGAUUUGCUGAGUUGGUUCCUGUCUGAAACCGUGAGGAAGGGGACUAGGACACCCCCAGGGAUCCCUUCCAGAUCUGUAUUCCCAGGCCAAGGUCCUACAGACCAGGCACAGAGGGGGAAGAUUUUUCAGAUGUUUUGGUGCAAACACAAUUGCUUCCCGAGGGAGAAAUUUGGCAUGUUUCCUGAGAGAACCGUGCUUGCGUAAGCAGCCCCCUGCCACCCUCUGAGCUGUGCUAGUACAACCAUUUGUGGGGCUGGUGGUAAAUUGCAUUGGGGGAACUGCAGUGGGUUCAAAAGCACCUUUUCUUCCUUUUUAUCAAUUACUUUGAAUUGUCUGACUGUGUGGCUGCUGUGUCAGGGCUGAGAAGGUGGCCUGGAAGGAGGGAACAUGUGGCAGGGAGCAGGAGAUGGCCAGUGACCCAUGCGCCGAGCAGCCCCGGCCCACACCUGGCAUGCUGGCUGGAGUCAGCCCCUGCCACUGAGGCCAGGAAGAGGGAGGAAUCACCAUGGCCUCAUCCCAGCGGGCCCGGCACAUUGGCCCUCCUGAUGGAGGCUGGGGAUGGAUGAUUGUUGCUGGCUGCUUCCUUGUCACUAUCUGUACCAGGGCCGUGACAAGGUGCAUCUCCAUAUUUUUUGUGGAGUUCCAGGCAUACUUUGGGCAGGAUUAUGCCAGAACUGCUUGGAUCCACUCCAUUGUCGACUGUGCUACAAUGCUCUGUGCCCCGCUUGGGAGUUUAAUCAGUAAUCAUGUAUCCUGCCAAGUUGGUAUCAUGCUAGGAGGGCUGCUUGCAUCUUCUGGACUAAUUUUGAGCUCAUUCGCCACCAGUCUGGAACAUCUCUACUUAUCACUAGGAGUCCUUACAGGACUUGGUUUUGCACUUUGUUAUUCUCCAGCCAUUGCGAUGGUGGGCAAAUACUUCAACAAAAGAAAAGCGUUGGCGUAUGGAAUAGCCAUGUCAGGAAGUGGAAUUGGUACCUUCAUCCUGGCCCCCGUAGUCCAGCUCUUAACUGAGCAGUUUUCCUGGCGAGGAGCUUUACUCAUCCUGGGAGGUUUUGUUUUAAACCUCUGUGUCUGUGGCGCCUUGAUGCGGCCCAUUUCUCUUAAGGAGGAUCGUAAAACUGUUCCUGAGUUUCUUGAACGGGAUCGUGUCCCCGAAACAGAGAAACAAGACUUAAAGCAAAUGUCCGUCUGUUCACCUUUAAUCAAAGUGUGGUCUCGUGACUGUUUAUGCUACUGUUCACAGAAGGAAUAUGACUUUUUACUGAUGCCAGGCUUCAUGGUGCUGGCAGUGUCAGUUUUAUUUAUGGCAUAUGGAUGUAGCCCUCUUUUUGUCUACCUAGUGCCUUAUGCUUUGAGUGUUGGAGUGAGUCAUCACCAGGCUGCCUUCCUCAUGUCCAUACUUGGUGUCAUAGACAUCAUUGGUAAUAUCACCUUUGGAUGGCUAACAGACAGAAGGUGUCUGAAGAAGCAUCGGUACUUUUGCUACCUCUUUGCUGUGGGAAUGGAUGGCCUUUGUUGUCUUUUCCUGCCAGUUCUCCAAAACUUCCCCUUGCUUGUGCCUUUCUCAUUUACCUUUGGCUACUUUGAUGGAGCCUAUGUAACGCUGAUCCCUGUCAUGACAGCAGAUGUAGUGGGAACUUCCUCAUUAUCAUCAGCACUGGGCGUUGUGUAUUUCCUGCAUGCCAUACCAUAUCUAGUGAGCCCGCCUGUGGCAGGUUGGCUGGUGGACACAACUGGCAGCUAUACUGCAUCAUUCCUCCUGUGUGGAUUUUCUAUGAUAUUUAGUUCAACACUACUGUGCUUUGCAAGACUAGCAAAGAAAAUCAAAAGAACACAUUUGCAGUCGCUCACUAGUGAUACAGGCAUGAAACAGCACAUGUGGACAAAUGGAGCAAUAGCUUAUUCUGUCACAGCAGAAUUAGACCAAAAGGCUGUUGAAUUUUUGUCUGUGGACACAAACAGCUGCAGCAAGAGGUGACAAGUGCCAUCAAGAUUCAGUAGGACACAGCCGUGACUGAGACAGAGGUGGCUCCGUAGUGUUACGCUGCUGAAGAUACUACUCCUGUGAACCAAGGCAUCUUUCAAUUAGAUUUUUCUGUCAUGCUUUAGUUGACUAAAAUCUACGUACAGCAGCAGUAAUACCAAGUUAAUGCAGUAAUAGAAGAAAGCUAGAAUGAAAAUAGAGUUUGUAGAUACAAAUGUUCACAGAUUUAUUGGAAAUGCAAUGUCCACUCCACAGGUAAUCAACAAUUGGCUGUACUCAACAGAAAACGAUAAAGUAAUCAGUCACCAAAACUGAACAAUAACAUUUACAUUAUUUAAAAAAUAUUAAUAAUGACCCAAGCUUUUUGAUGGUGUGGUAUAGUAUGUUUCAAUGGACUAAUAACACACACCACCAAAAAACCUCCACAUGUGAUUUAUGCUGAAAGUAUCUCUGGAGCAGCUUUAAUUUUUACAAUGUGCCUGAACUUUGUACAUACAUUCCAAUUUAAUUUCAAAUAUAAUUUUAGACCUACUUUCCCAAGCCCUCUACAGCAAAAAAAAAAAAAAUUUUUUUUUCCUCCUGGAUGUCUUUAAAGCUUGAAUUUCUAAAAAUUGAAAUCCCAGAUAUGAUUUUCCAGCUGAUCUUUGUCUUGAAGGGUGGAAGAGGUACUGUGGCAGCUCUGCUAUAUGAAAAGGAGUAAUUUUGUGCCAGAGGACUAGGCAUGCUGAUAGACAAACCUGCUUUAGCUGAGUUAGUUGGAAGAAUCCUAAAGGCAGCCCAGGAGACCAGAGGAGAGGCUCAUGUGUUUUCAAAUACAGAGGCUCUUGCUCUUGUAAAAUCAGCAGCUGUUGGAGAACUUCAGAGUCCAUGCAACCAGAUGACUGAGAGACUGCUCCCUGUCUAGGCUAUGAUUAAAGAGGAUUGUGCUGUGUAUUGCAGUGGCAAGUCUUUCUCCUUUUGGCCCCAGGAGCUGUAUCUUCAGGUGGUGCAAUUUAGUCGUUUGUGCCAUCUGAAGAGAUGUCAGGUCACUUGUCCUUGAUGGCCAGAACACAACAGCUUCAACUUGGUGGUGGUUUCCUGCUACUUGUGUGAGGAAUUCACUACAGCUGGCUGCUUCACAGGAGCUAGGGACUGAAUGUAGAUCGUGGGUUAAAUUACUGAUCUAAUAAAUAAUAGGAUGUUUCUACAUUUUCAGAAUGAAAAUGUUGUCAACAAUGGAGGAACUUCACAUUCCGCAAUACAAAUAAUUUCAGUAUUUUGAUGGUGUCUAAAGCUGUGUUCUGUUCAUUAACAAAUUGAUCAGAGUCCAAAUAAUUUUCAUUAACACAGACCUAGCAGUUUUGUUAAUCAUUUGCAGUGUAUUCAGUGGCUGCUCAUGGUGUCCUUUUCCAACCUGUGCCUCGGAAGGGAAAGCAACAUAGAUUGAUGUUCACGAAGCUGAUUUAGAUCAAGAGUACAGCCAUAGGGGUAUAAUGUAUUUUUUAAUAUAUAUAUAUGAAUAGCAUGUGUAUCAAGUAGUUUUAUUAUUCAAGCAUAUUUCAAAUAUAAAAUAUUAAAAUUGUUUGACUUCAGUUGUCUGUGAUUAAAUAAAGCAUUUCUCGCUGCCUUGCUUCAGAAGUGCAGUCAGAGCCAGUAGGAUGAUAUAUGUGCACAGACCACAGAAUAAGAGAUGGGAGUGCAAAAACUGCUUAAAGGUAAUGACAUAACCUUUCUUCAGCUCUGCAUGAAAAUUGAGUCCUGGUCCCUGAUAUUGUUUUUAACAUAUAUUCAUUAAAAAAAGACAAAAAUCCUCCAUGAAUGUUUCUUAGUGAGUUAGGAAAAAUAUGCAAAUCUGGAAAAAAUGAAGUGGUUUUAUUAAUUAAUACUGAUGAAGAUAAUGUUUUACAUCUUAAUGCAAUAUUUUAGUAGUAAAGAAGUGGGGCAUAGUAUGAUCUACAAAGAAUAUAAGUAAUUUUAAACAAGUUAUAACCAUUGUUAUUUACUUUACAAAACAUUAAUUACUUUGUUUACCACAUCAUAACACGUCACUAGUUGUUCAUGUCAGAGCUGCAUAUUGUAAAAGCCUGUUGGAAUAAUGUGACAUGCAUUUUUAUUAUGUAAACUAUACUGUGUAAUACAUUAGUAGCAUUUUUAAUUUUUUUUUAUUUCAAGAUAUUUUUUUCAUAGGCUUUUCCCUAUAUGUGUUUAAAGUAGUACUUCUUGUUUUAAAUAUCUUAUUUAGCAACAAACAUUCAACUGGUUUUAUACACAGACCUUUUGUAGAAAAUAGAAUUCUUUCAAGGUUUUCUAACACUGUUUCUGCUCUGACUUAAGUCAAUGGGGAAAAGCUUACAUACUGACAUGAUGCUUUCUGUGCAUAAAACACACUGUGAAAUACCAGCCCUGUCAUGAAUGUCCCCACUAAGAAACAGAAGGAAGCGUUAACAACCUGCAAGCAGAAGAAAUGGGAAUACAAUUCAGGCUGGUGAAACCUUACACCAGACUUCUACCUCCUAAUCCACACAACCCAAGCUGAACGGUUCAUCUUUAUCCUGCCAUGUGAUAUAUUUCAGGCAAUGCAUUGUAGAAGUCUCUGGCUUACAAUAUUUUUAAAGAAUGAUUCAUUGUAUCUGUAAUAUUUUUUCAGACGGGAUAAUAAUAAUAUUUUUUCAGACAGGCUGUCCUUCAAGGAGGAGAUUUCCUGGCAUGGCACAGUGCAGCAGUAAACUGAGAUAGCUGGACUAGCUGUGAGCAAUUUGCCAGACUUACACUGCAUGUUCAAUGAUCUUAGUGGUCUUUUCCAACCUUAGUGAUCAUGUAAUUCUAUGUUCCUGCCAGCCCUGAUGGAUACAGGUAUCGAUGAAUAUAAGCUUGGAUGGAGCACUGCACUGCUGAGCCUGUCUGGCUUCCCAGGAUAGCGUGGUUUGACUUGACUGGGGUAAGAUCUGUCUGAGACAGGAACAGAAAGAUUCUACCUCAGAUGAAUCCUGCCUGGAAUAAUGCUCUGUUCUGUGCAAUAGAUGGAAAUUCAGUGUAAGUACUGCUUACAGCUGCUGAAGUUAUGCCAUCUGUUUCCAUUCCAUGAAGUUUGAAUUGGGGUAGUAAUAAUUCUUUUGAAAUUAUUUAUGUUCUAGAAUUUGUGAAAUUAUUUAUGAAAUUAUUUAUGUUCUAGUGAUAAUCUGGGACAUUUAAUAAAUUGUACAUUGAAAAAUUGCGUGAAGACAACAUUGGAAAAGUACCUUCCACUGAAGAAUUGCUCUUUUUUUCAGAAGAAACAUCCUUAAAGCAUUCCUUUCAGCUUGGAUAAUAAUUUAUCUUCUGAAAAACAAAGGCUGUUUGUGCUACUAUAUGGGGAAUAUAUUUUAUAUUGCCACAAUAAUUCCUUGUUUGCUUUCUAAAGUGUUACAAAUUUAUGUGAGAAGAAAGAGCUUGUUUAAGUGAAGUUGUUACAGUCCUUCAUGGUCAACAUAGCAAAGUCCUAGCUGGGAUUGCCUCAAUAAACAAUGCCUUCUUCUAAGUGACUAUUCUGGUAUAUUUCAGUAGAAUUUUUAUAUAAUUUAGAAGGUGCUUUUGAUUCGUAAAUUAACACUUCCUGAAGGGUUAUCUUUAGUCAUUUUUAACCUGCACCACUAGCAUAGUCUCCGGCGAUAUAAUUCAUACUUGGGUGCGAAUUGAGAGGGGUUCGGCUUCUAUGUGGUUCUGUUUUUGCGCAAUGGACUUGGAUGCUCCAAACUGUCUUUCAUUUUGUCCGCCUCCCACAGCUCAAGCUCAGCCUCUUCCCCACGUUGCUAUGCCAGGCGGCGCAGCAGCACCACCCUGUGGGAGAUAACAUUUCUCCUCAUUUACAAGACACACAGAAGGCUGUUCGUACGGAACAUCCCCAGGUAUUACGGCGAUCCAGCUCAGUCCUUCAGAGUCCGAAGGAGGUGAGGCACAACAAAUACACUUCGUGCAUCACUAUGUCCCUCAGUCAGUUUAUUUGCUGUGCAGAAAAUUGAACCACUCUGACUCUUCAUAAAAAUUCAGCUCACAUUUUUUCUCAAAAUAAUUUCUAGUUUAUCCUUUUUUUCUUUACAAGUUUUUUUUUCCCAGGAGAGGUCCUGGUGGCAGCAUGUGGAGGGGAGAAUAGAUGUGCCACCACCUCUUUCUCAAAUCGUUCUCUGCUGUCCACCACCCUCUAUGCCCUCAGCAGGGUUUGGAUAGCCGUGAUGCUGAGCUUAGAAACGCUCAAGAUUGAGAAAGGCAGUGAGAUCACCUAACAUACCCUUUUGCCCACAUAGCUGAGCACAUCACCAUAGGUGAUGUUCCUGACUUCAACCCCGCUGAUCUAUCUACCAGCUUCCAGGAGUGCUCUGUCAGUCCUGCUCCCAGUCCUUCCUCUUCUCUCUCCUCACUGUUCCUUUCUGAGGUAGGGCUGCCUUUGUAAGAGAGAAGCUGGCAGGUGGCUGGGAAACAAGGACGGAUUUUUCCCCAGCCCUUUCUUAUGCAGAAGGCGUGGUUGUAUUAUGUACACUGUUAAGCUCCUGAUCACUUUUGAUCAUAUUAUGAGAGAGUCCCUGAGGGAGAGCUGAGAAGGAAAAGGUUUAUUCAUGUUUUCUGAUCUGGCACUGUGCUUUGCACUCUUUCAGGCUUUCAUUCUGUCCAUACAGGGGUGCUGUUGUCAGGGCAGGAAUAUUUCAGGAUGGCUGGGAACUAAAGUGCACAGCCUUCCUGACAUGGGUUCUGUCACCAGUUUGCUUCAUGCUACACUACUGGCUAGGGCUCAGAAGUGAUUUGGAAUUACAGCAUUAGUUUUCCCUGAGCACCAUGGUCUAUCGUACGAAGGCACGCUACUGUGGAAUUAGGCUGGGCUGUUGUAAAGCAUAUUGACUUUUAGUUAAAUAUCUGAAGAUGAUCACCUUGUCCACCCAUUCUGUCAUUUCAGCCCUUUAUCCCAUUUACCAGACUCUGGGGGCACCCACCCCACUUUCCACAUGCCCCUUGCAUUCUGCUGCCCUGCUCUCUGGUGCUCAUGCAACUCCUGUCUCCAGCUGUGCUCUGCCCUCGGUGCCCACUUUAGUUCAUUUCUUGUGUGUGUUUGCUACCCAUGGCUUGUUUCACAACCAGGGCCACAGAUAGCCAUCUCUUUGGCAGCUCAGGGACUGCCUUUCCUCCCUCUCCAGAUGUUUGCUGUAGUGGCUCCUGACAGUGUGGUUUUGGGUAAACGAGACAGGUGCUGUUUUGUGCACAGUUUGAUUCUCUGGUGCAACGCCUCUGAAGCCAGUUUUGCUGAGACCCCAGGGAAAAUAAAUGGGGUUAUCUACUGAGUCUUUCAUAUCCUGCCAAAACUCUAUCCCUGUUACUUUUCCAAAUGGCCAUUUUCCUUUUACCUAAUCUACUAACAGGAAGACUGGUCAGCAGAGAGAUACCAGAAGCAAUAGUUGAUAGAUUUAAUACCCUUUCGUAGUUCACAACAAUAAUACACAUUUUAUAAGUUUUAUAGCAAACAAUGUUUUUUAAUAUUUUUCAUAAUUAAACAGCAUACAAGUUAGUAAACUGAACAAGCCUUCAACAAAAGUUCCUUCUACAAAAGAUAUUUUUGAAAUACUUGAAAAAGCAUCAGAAAUUCCAUUUUGGUUUAAGCAUGCCUUUCAACUAUCUAGACAAAAUACUACCAUAUGAUUCCCUUAUCUUUUUCUCAGUAGAAGGUAAUAUCUCAUUUUUAGCUUAGAAGUCCUGUGUUCUACUGAUAAUCAUUUAGACCCGUGUUAGCAUUGAAGACCUAAGUUAGAUGAGCUAUUAUUGUAUAGCUAUUAUUAUAUAUUAUAUGUUACAUUAUAUAGCUAUCUAAGUGUGCUCUCUGUUAGCAAAUGAACAGUCAUUGUCUGCAGUUUCUACAUUAUGAUCAGAAAGCGAUACCACCCAUGUUUCAUCUGGUCAUAAAGUCUACCUUAAGACAAAAACCAACCAACCAAC